AUGGGUACAAGUCAGUCAACUUCGAGAGCUGCAAAGUUCAGUGGAAAUGGGACGAGAAGAAGUAUGAGAGUUACCAGAAGUGGUGAGUUUUGAGGAAAGCUGGGAAUUCUAUUUUCUAUAUUUUUUGAAAUUCUGAAAAAUCCUGAAACUUGAGCUCUGAAAUUCUGGAUUUUUUAUUUUUAUUAGCCUGAAACUAAGCCUGAUUAAAUAACUCAGAAUGUUUCGUACCCUUUUUUAAAUUCAAGAAUUCCUAAUUGACCUAGUUUUUCCACCGAAAUUUUUCAACCUGAAAAAAAUAGGUUUCAAAAUUUUCGUAUAAAAAUUUGAAUUGAAAUUUUUUUCGAUGUACGAAAUUUUUCCGAUGUACGAAACGUAUGUUUCCAACGAUUCUUUCUAUAAAAUUUUUUGUUAAACCUCCACCCUUUCUGAAUUUCUAGUAACCCUACGAAAAUGCAUUUUCGAGUAAAAUUUUAAAUGUCAAAAUAUUGAAAUUGUCACGCAACAUUUUUCUCAAUUUUUUGAACUCCUCAAAUUUCAUCCAAUUUUCCAAGAACCUUCAAAUUUCUAUUUCUGUCAAGAAAAAGAACUCAAAAAUCCGCUGCUCCCACUCGAAACCUCUCAAAAAACAUGCAAAAUUUAAUUUUACAUCCAUCCGAUCACUGUUUUGCAGCAAUUCGAUUUCGCCCUUCUUUUUUUCUUUUUGAAGAGUUUUGUGUCCCACGCGGAUGGAUUUCUCAACAAACAAUUUUUCAUUAAAAUCUUGAUAUUUCAGUCAGUCUUUCAGUUUUCAGUUUUCUGAAAACAAAAAAAAAUGAAAAAACACACAUAUCUACAUAGAAAUUCAAUCUCAAUGAUUGACAAAACUGUCAUUUUUCGGAAAUAUCAAAAAACAAGAUUUAUGAAGAAUACUGGGAACAGAAACUGAGACAGAGAUAGAGAUAAUCUGGGGAUAAUAUGUGAUUUUCAGCACCGUCUACUGAUCCAACACUUCGAAGAUCGACGUCAGUUCGAAACACAAAUCGAAAUGUGAAAGAGUUUUCGAAAUUUUGGUCAGAUGGUUAGUUGAUUAUUUGAGAUAUGUAGAAUAACAUGAGAUGAGAUGAAUUUUGUAUUCUUAUUUUUAGAUUUUAUAUUAUUUGUUAUGUAUUUUAAUGGAUUACUGUAGGACAAUUAUUGACAACAAACAAUUUCAGUAAUAUUUUUAACAAAAAAAUAUGUAGUUAUGACGUGGAAAAGCUCCAAAAAGAGAUCAGAAACCGAACAUUCAGAGUAUACUUGCAAUUUUGAUGACAAAAAAUUCUGUUAGCAUAGAUUUUUGCUUGGUUUUGUCAGAUGGGAAUUUUUUUAACUUUUUCAAAAAUGCUUUCGUAAUUUUAAUCUGAAAUAUCGGAUUCUGAGCUAAAUUAAAACCAUUGUGUCGGCGGGACGAAGUUAGAAUGACUUUUCAAAAUUUUCAGCGGGUAACGUGAAUCGCGCAAAAUCCUCAACAAAUCGCUCAUCAACUCGAAGAAGUAGCACUAAAGCGAAACCUGGAACGGCAACGGCUACAAAACGAAAUCGAUGUUUGUCUAGUCUCAUAUAACUUUCAAAAAUCAUAUAUUUUUUGCAGCAGUCGAUCAAUUAAGUAACAAUGCUUCUCCCGCUUCUCAAAAAUCCACUUCAAAAACUCGUCGAUCAAGUAAUUGUAUACCAGGACAAAUGACUGUGAAACGAGAAAGGGUACGUGAUUUUUUUUUCAGAUGACGAACAAAUCCUACUAGAUUCCUAAUUAGCCUCUAUUCAUUUAAUCGUGUUAGACGAAAUGAAAUUGAAUGGAGAAAAAAACGAAUUGAAAUUAGAUGAGCUGACGAUGAAAGGGUUCAAAAAAGGUUUCUUUUAUAGAGUUCAUCUCAUAAACGUGGUGGAAGUGUUCGACAAUCUCCAUCUCCACGAUACAGUGAUCCACAACCAACACCGCGUUCUGAUCGACAAACUCCAGAUGUAUGGAUUUUUUAAAGAGAGAGAGAAGGGUUUGAAAAAUUAUCUAUUUUUCAUGUCUCUGAUUUCUUACUCUCAAUUUCUAAUCUCAUUUUUUUUCAGCUGAAUAUCGCAGCUGCUCGUCUCAAAAGAUUGAGUCUAACGCCUUCCACAUAUUAUUAUAAUUAUCAAGAUUCUCCUGAAACUGCAAUUUACUGA